GGCUCCGGAUGGAGACCAUGAUUCCAUGUGGCUACUUCUACCAGAUGAACUGUGGAUUAACAUUUUUGCUAAUUUGUUGCAUAAAGACCUGGCUAAUGUUGCUCAAGUAUGCAGAAGGUUCAGAUACAUUGCAAAUGAUGAUAGUUUAUGGAAAGUGAUUAAGAUUACAAACUGCCAUUCUCUCAGUGACCACUCUCUAGUGUCUAUAGGACUUCAUCACCCUGAAACGUUGUCUUUAUAUCGCUGCCAUGAUGAGAGCCAAAACAUAACUGAAGAAGGCCUUGGGAAAUUUUUCCAGCAUUGCAAGACUUCUCUUAUGGAACUGAAUAUAACAAAUUGCAGUGGUUUGAGAUUUGAAGGGGACGCGGUUUUAUCCCAUGCCAGUGCUUAUUGUAUCCAACUGACAUCAGUAGACAUAAGCUGGACAGGGGCCACCGAUAAGGGCAUCGUUGCUCUUGUAGAAGGAUGUGCUCGAUUGAAAAAUCUUUCGAUGAAUGGCUGCAAAAUUACAGAUCAUGCCAUCCCUGCCCUUUUGCAAAAGCAUAGUAAAAGUCUUGUUAAAGUAGAAGUAUUUGGCUGCCAUGCCCUCACCGCUAAGAGUUUGAUUUCCAUAACUACUGAAUGUUCCCACCUGGAAAAUUUUAAUAUUGGCAGAAUACCGAAAGUCACUGAUGUCUGUCUAACAAAAAUAGCAUCCAACCUGCACAAGAUCAACACGCUAAAUUUGACAGGGCUUAAUGUGGUAAGAGAUCGCGCUGUUCAUUAUAUUGUGAAACAAUGCCCAAAGCUAGAGAAUUUCACUCUCAGUUCAUGCUCUCAAGUAACAGACAUAAGUCUAGUGGAAAUUAGCACAUAUCUAAGAACAAUAAAGUAUCUUGACGUAAGUGGAUGUAAAAAGAUAUCAGAUGUAGGAAUUCAAGCACUAGCAAGAAGCUGUCAACAGAUUUGUUAUCUGGAUCUUAGUUCAACAGGAACAGGAAAAAGGGGGGUAUGUUUGCUAGCCAGCUAUUGCAAUAAUUCACUGGAGUGCUUGAAGCUCAGUUUCUGCAAGGACGUUACAGCUGAUGCUAUUGAAAAACUUUGCAAAAACUGCAAAAGGUUGAAGAUACUCCAUCUCUAUGGCUGUCGCAUAUCUCCUGAUUUUAAACAUAUUAAACAGUUCAGUAAAUCCUUUCAGAUAUUUCAUGAUCUUUCUAUAGCAACUGCAAACAUUUCUGAAGAAUGAAGAUCUAUCUAAAGUAUGUAUUUUACUGUCUGUAUUAGGAACUCAUUCCCACUUUUGUGUUUUCUAAAAAAAGGAAUGCCGUUUUCAUGUGUGUAUUGCAUCUUAUACGCAUGUGUUUUGUAUGCUGUAUCAAUUGUACAGAUUCUUUCUUCAGAGCUAUUUGGGUUACCCGGAAAAUGCUGCCAAAACACAAAAGUGGGAAUUUGCCCUGUAUUUGUUAUACUGUAUAUUUGUAGUAUUUAUUUUUCUUUAAUAAAGUUAUUUUCGACAACCAUAAUAAAAUUAAUGUAUUUGUAUUCUUUGUUUCAUACAAUAUAGGGCUCAUUUACACAGUACAAGAUCAUAUA